AUGUCAGCGCUUCCAGACAAGAUUGGCUCGCUUCUGUUCUGCCCGAACUGCGGUUCGCUGCUCGACGUCCCCGGUGACGAAGACUUGAUCAGAUGUGCUCCAUGCGGAGCUGUACAGAAUGCCAAAGUCUACGACAACCUUUCCAUCGUCACACGCUCUCACCCUUCGGCAUUCCCAUCGGCACUGCGUCAGAAGCGUCAACUCGUCAACACAGCAGCUGCACUCGGCGACGAUAACAAGCCACAAGAGGCCACCAUCAAGGAAAAGUGCCCUGGUUGCGGCAAUGACGAGAUGAACUUCCACACACUUCAGCUCCGCUCGGCAGACGAAGGUACAACCGUCUUUUACGACUGUCCAAAGUGCGGCUACAAGUUCAGCCAGAACAACUGA